AUGUUAUGGGCGAUGGAGCCGAACUUCGCGACAGCGCCAAUUGCACUGAUCUCCUUGCUGGUCGUCAUGUUGUCCAGUGUCAAAGCGAAUGCCAGCAUCGCUGCUGCCAAUCAACCUGCAGCCCCCAAUGGGUUAAAGAGCUGUAACAGCACAAGGCAAGCCCGCAUGUGGGGCGAUGUCGAUCCGAAUGUAUUCCACGUCUGCGACGAGGCGACCAACGCAACGCGCCAAAUGCGUUGUCCAGCGGGACGUGGCUUCUUCAAUGGGCGCGGCUAUUUCGGUUGCAUACCGUAUCCCGAGUGGCCGGCCUGCAUCGACCGACGCAGUCUCAUACACAGUCAGAAACACAGCCAUAAUAGUACUAGCAGCGCCAAUGCAACCCUGGCGCUGUGCAAGGACGAACUGCAUCUGCAGCAAACCUGGGCGGCUGUGGACCCGAAUAAAUUUUACAUGUGCCAAAAUGCGGAGUCGGCAUCGCUACUGCUGAACUGUGAGGCGGGCAAAGGUUAUGUCAGCGCCUGGGUUGGCGAUGGACAUCAUGGCGGGCAUGCCGGGGGACAUGGUGGCGAGGCCACACACAUUGUGGGCUGUACCACAUGGGCCAAGUGGCGCAUGUACAUGCAAUGUACGGACUUUUAUUGA